UGAGCCUUGAGUCAUGCCAUAUAAUUGGGCGGUGCGGCGCGCCGUGGGUGAGGGAGGACGGCUCUUGGUGCGCCUACGCGAAUAUGCAAACAGCUUGCGGUAGAAGAGACGGAGCCUCAUUAGCGCUUCUCAGCUCGACGCUGUCAGUCGAAAGGGUCGCACUACGAACUGCGCAUCGACAUGUCCGUCCACGCCGAGUCCGUCCGCGGUGCCUACGAUGACGUCAGGGACGACCGCAACAGCACCUCCUGGGCCCUGCUCACGUACGACGGCGGGAUGAUCCGGGCCACGUCCAGGGGAGAGGACUUCGAGACCCUCAAGAAGAACCUCGCCGAACACGAGAGAGCCUUCAUCUACCUCCGAAUCCAGGCCGGCGACGAGAUGAGCAAACGGUCCAAGUUUGUCUUCAUAACGUGGCUUUCAGAGACAGUCGGAGUGCUGCAGCGAGCCCGCAUCAGCAGUGACAAGGCGGCCGUCAAGGAAAUAAUUAAGAACUUUGCCGUGGAACUCCAGGUCGAGGACCCCGGAGAGCUCACCGAGGAUCACAUCAAAAACACAGUGAGCAAGGCCGGAGGAACUGACUACGGCACGGCGUCGUAGACGACGCCC